AUGCCAUGGCAGCCGGUGUAUAAGAACAAGAAAGUAUGUAAAAAUGAACGUACAAUAGUCCUCCUGUUGGGCGGAUCAAUUUAUGACGAUGGAGCCGAUGUGUCCAUCACUAAUCGACGUCGGCGAGGAGAUGAACGUUUCCGUACUAAACAGGAUGUUCAUUUAGACGAACAUUUAUGGCAACGGGAUUUUCGCGCUAUCGCGGAAUAUUUCGAACGAAUUCAUGCGACUGUUUGGCGUUCCAUACCAACUAGUCUUCGCAGUUCUCGACAUGAAGCAUUUCAGUUAAUUACUGAAUUUUUUCAACUUGACAACAAUGAGAAUGCUUACGAACGACGAACAUUUGUUCUUUAUUGGGGUGGUCAUGGUUUACACAAUUCAGGAGAUUGGGGAUUUUCGGUUGGUGGCGACAUAACAUGUCAAGAUAUCAUUAAUGCUUGGCGUUCUCGUCCAGUAGCUGAUAAUUACAACGACAUGUCAUCAUUAACCAUCAUAGCUGAUACAUGCUAUUCGGGUGCUUGGAUUGAACAACUCCGAACAGCAAACAUACCUCGACUUGCUUAUCAAGCCGCUAGUCAAGCAGACGAGCCAGCAUAUGCUGUUAAUGACGGUAAUGUUCCCAGAAGUCUACUUAUGCGCAAAUUUAUCAUUGAACAAAAAUAUCCCAUUGAAUGGUAUAUAUGGACAUGUCGUGAUCAACAUCCGGUAUACUUUUGUAACUAUGCAGAAACAGAAGAUGGUGAAGAUCUAAGUGCUGGUCAACAACGUGCAUUAGUGCAUGGUGGUCCAUUCUAUUUCUUUACUGUUGAUUAUCAUUGGACAUCCAAUAGUAAGAUGUCAACGAAAGAACGUAAAGUACAUCUAGGUAAACUAUCGAAAUAUGGCGUAUUCAUUGAUAAUCAUUGA